AGCCAAUCGAAUUCCUUCGUACGCGGAAGAGCGAAAUACGGAUUGUUACCCUCGUCCGGGACUAAUUAACUUAAUUUCUUUAGUGUAAAAUGAAAGCGAUACAUUCAAUAUGCUACGAUUUUGUCUAGCUAUUCAAUGGAUCCUCGUUCAAACUGAACCAUGUCUCAAUCAGUGGUCCGAGUGCAGCAAACCGAGAUGCAGUUGUGGCUGGACAAAGUUGAGGCUUGGGGCCAAGUCGACAGCGUGGACGUUCACAAAGAUGCAUGCGCUCAUCUGUGUUCACUGAGGGAUUUCCUCCAGCGACUUCUCAUGCACAUUGACAACAUGGGUUCCACAACAGAGACUAUGAAGAAGAUGCCUUUUCUUGGCCAGAUUGUGGGCCGCUUGUGCUGGAACCCCGUUGUCACUGCUGACGUUGAAAGCAGAGGGCUGAUCUUCCAGUGUCUGUGGGCGCUAUACUCUGAGCAGCCGGCCAAUGCUUUGGAAAGAAAGGCUAACCAGUGGAUACAGAAACUGUUGUGUCAACUUGCCACCGAAGAUGACGAAUCACUAGCCAAUUCUUUGCUCCAACAUUCACAUGUGUCGCCAACUCAGUACCGCCUCCAAGUCCUCAGAAAGGUGGUGGCACAGUUGCAGAAAGACAUUGGAAAAGGCUGCAGUUCACUGGGAGACAGAAAUGAGAGGUGUUCAUGUGAUAGGAUGGUGGCGACAUGCGAGGCUUGCGUUCCCCUGGUUACCUGCCCCGAGGUUGCUCCUCUCAUUGGAACUUUGCUGCAGCGGUCACUAACAUGUGCACAAGCAACUCUCCCGUAUGACUUCCUGGAUGCUCUAAGCUCUGCCUAUAGCAGUGGUCGCUUGUCACUGGAGGACCGGGCUGUCGUGGCCCUGUGGUAUCACAGCCUGCCCAGCCUGGAGGAGACGGUGCUCGCUCUGCUGGAGUUCACCGUCUUCGCUGACGCGCCGCCGUCACCGCAACAGCUCAAGCGGCAAAUAGCGCAGUCGCUGCUGCCCAAGGCCUGUGCUCAACACUGCUCCAUCUUCUUGGUGGUGAAUGACAUCUUUCGGUCUGUCCUCAAGAAACAGGAGGAUCACCCGUGCAUUCGGGAUCUCAUCCAAAGCUUUACCAACUGCUUCUAUAGGGAACUGACAGUGUUGCAUACACAGACAUCUUUGAAGGCCUUCUUCCCUCAUUCUCCCCCAAAUCUGCUGCUUCCGCUCUUGACCCAGCCGUCAGAGGCGUCUGGGGAGGCUCGCACACGUCACCUGAACUGGCUCAGCAACUCAUUACGAAGACUGACAGAGGAAGCGGAGGCAGAUGGCGGCAGCGGCGGUGGUGGUGUUGGCGUAGUGUUUGAGGCCUGGUUCCUGCUGGUGCAGUGUUCUCAUUGGGUCCACGAGGCUUUCCAGUUGCUGGCCACCGCCGAGCCCCGAGACUCCCACGCCUCGCUGUGGCUCUUGACCUUCUACCACCACCCCACCAACAGGGGGCACCAAAGGAAUCAACGACUGGUACGUGUGCAACAAAUCUGGGAGCAGAUGCGCAUCCUUUUCUCAGAUGAUCAUCUCGACCCCGGGGAACAACUCCGCGAUGCGCUGGCCGUCAUUUCCGCGAGCGCUCGACGGCCAUCGCCGUUACUGACCCUCGGCCUGGCGCUCAACUGCGCCGUUUUCUCCCACCGGUCGCACGCCGUCUCUGCUCGCAUCGUGUGCACGGUGGCGGCUGCGUCCGGUCCGCUCAGUGAAGCAUUACGAGUCCUGAGCCUGCUGGAGCGUCGGCUCGGCACGGGAAGCGGCGACGGCCCCUCAUCCGGUGACCCCUGCGCGACCUCUGUCAGGAUCCGUCAGCUUCAGAACGCGCUCGCCAUCCCUACACCACCACCACCACCACAGCAACUGGAUGUCACUCAUGCGGGAUACGCCCACCUCUCGCAUUCACCCAGUUAGCAGCCUUGGCCAGACUGUCGGAUCCCCACAAACAUUCCGAGUGGUCGACACGGUUGCCCCACCCUCUCACGACCUCCUGUCGUCUUCUCGUUUGUUGUCAGCAGCCUUGGAGAAGAGAGAGAAAGAG